AUGUCUAACCGGGGAAAGUACAAAGUUAUUCCUGGAAUCUGGAACAGUGACUAUUAUAGCGUGAUUGGCCCGCGGCUCAGGGAGGCGGCCAAUGACUUCUCUCACGGAGAGCGACGCGGCCAAUAUGGCUUCCUGCACUUGGGGACGCUUGGAGAAACUGAAUUAGGUCUCAUGGAGAAGCCCCUGCGUAAUGAGGAGACCCCAUCUUCAGAACCAAUGGAGGAAGAGGAAGAUGAUGACUUGGAGCUGUUUGGUGGCUAUGAUAGUUUUCGCAGUUAUAACAGCAGUGUGGGCAGUGAGAGCAGCUCCUAUCUGGAGGAGUCAAGUGAAGCAGAAAAUGAGGAUCGGGAAGCAGGGGAACUGCCAACCUCCCCCCUGCAUUUGCUCAGCCCUGGGACUCCUCGAUCCUUGGAUGGCAGUGGUUCUGAGCCAGCUGUCUGUGAGAUGUGUGGUAUCGUGGGUACAAGGGAAGCCUUCUUCUCCAAGACCAAGAGGUUCUGCAGCGUCUCCUGCUCCAGGAGCUACUCCUCCAACUCCAAGAAAGCCACCCAGUUCUCACUCUCGGUAACUCUCAUUGCCACACAGGUCCCCCUCUAUGACCAGUGGGAGGAUGUGAUGAAAGGGAUGAAGGUGGAGGUGCUCAAUAGUGACGCCGUGCUCCCCAGCCGGGUGUACUGGAUUGCCUCUGUCAUCCAGACAGCAGGGUAUCGGGUGCUGCUUCGGUAUGAAGGCUUUGAAAGCGAUGCCAGCCAUGACUUCUGGUGCAACCUGGGGACUGUAGAUGUCCACCCCAUUGGCUGGUGUGCCAUCAACAGCAAGAUCCUCGUGCCCCCACGGACCAUCCAUGCCAAGUUCACCGACUGGAAGGGCUACCUCAUGAAACGGCUGGUGGGCUCCAGGACACUUCCUGUGGAUUUCCACAUCAAGAUGGUGGAGAGCAUGAAGUACCCCUUUAGGCAGGGCAUGCGGCUGGAGGUGGUGGACAAGUCCCAGGUGUCACGAACUCGCAUGGCUGUGGUGGACACGGUCAUCGGCGGUCGCCUACGGCUCCUCUACGAGGAUGGCGACAGUGACGACGACUUCUGGUGCCACAUGUGGAGCCCCCUGAUCCACCCAGUGGGUUGGUCACGACGUGUGGGCCAUGGCAUCAAGAUGUCAGAGAGGCGAAGUGACAUGGCCCAUCAUCCCACCUUUCGCAAAAUCUACUGUGAUGCUGUUCCUUACCUCUUCAAGAAGGUACGCGCUGUCUACACAGAAGGUGGUUGGUUUGAGGAAGGGAUGAAGCUGGAGGCUAUUGACCCCUUAAAUCUGGGCAACAUCUGCGUGGCAACUGUCUGUAAGGUUCUUCUGGAUGGAUACCUGAUGAUCUGUGUGGACGGGGGGCCCUCCACAGAUGGCUCAGACUGGUUCUGCUACCACGCCUCUUCCCACGCCAUCUUCCCAGCCAACUUCUGUCAGAAGAAUGACAUUGAGCUCACACCCCCAAAAGGUUAUGAGGCACAGACUUUCCACUGGGAGAACUACUUGGAGAAGACCAAGUCAAAAGCCGCUCCAUCGAGACUCUUCAACAUGGAUUGCCCAAACCAUGGCUUCAAGGUGGGCAUGAAGCUGGAGGCUGUGGACCUGAUGGAGCCCCGGCUCAUCUGUGUGGCGACGGUGAAACGGGUGGUGCAUCGGCUCCUCAGUAUCCACUUUGAUGGCUGGGACAGCGAGUAUGACCAGUGGGUGGACUGUGAGUCCCCGGACAUCUACCCCGUCGGCUGGUGUGAGCUCACCGGCUACCAGCUCCAGCCUCCUGUGGCUGCAGAACCGGCCACACCUCUGAAGGCCAAAGAGGCCACAAAGAAGAAAAAGAAACAGUUUGGGAAGAAAAGUAAGUGA